UGAACAAAAGGGAGAGAGAGCGAGAUGAGGUAGCAACAUAGCAAGCACAAGAGCGCAAUUCGACAUCCCCCGGCGUGGUCUGUAGCCUAAUUUGACCGUUACCUUUUACCAUAGCCUGUAUCAAAAGAAAAAUAAAAUUCGACGAAUUCUGGGUGGAGAUUUUAAUCGUAGCCUACUGAGUUGUCAUAUUUUCUCUUUUUUACUACACGUUGCAUUUACAGUAAUAUUUGGAAUGGUGAUCAAGAAAAGCAAAAUGUUAAGGAUAAUGUUUCAUGUCACUCAAUAAGAUCAGUUGAAGAAAAUCAAAAAUCCAAUCAAGACCAAUAAUCAUAAAGGCCCAAACUACCAGUGAAACAACAUUGUCCGCAUUCCCGCCAUGUCUUCCAACACCAGUGCUGCCCCCAGUGGAGCGGAGGGAGAACAGCAGCCGGAGCAGACCAUCACCUCCCAGCCAACCAGCGCUGAGCACCAAGAGACAGCCCCUGACUCCAGCCAAUUGGAAUCCAAAGACCACUUGGCAGUAAUCAGCGAGAAGAUGGAGACCAGUAAUGGAAUGUGUGCUGCCGACUCCUCGCCCACAUCUUCCAUCUCGUCCCCAAAGCGACUGCAACACGCCAAACCAACCAACGGCCGGGCGCGGAAAGGAAGCCGCUCUGGGUCCCUGCUGGGUCAUGGGGCAGGGUCUCCCAGGCCUUCCAUCAGCCGUCAGCCCAGCACCGUGACAGAGGAGGACGACGGCAAGCCCCCUAGAGACUACCUAAUAUUGGCCAUCCUGUCCUGCUUCUGCCCCUUGUGGCCAAUCAACAUCGUGGCUCUCGUCUUCUCUGUUAUGUCGAGGAACAGCCUGCAGCUGGGGAACGUAGACGGGGCGCGGCGUCUGGGCCGGAACGCAAUGGUGCUGUCCAUCGUUGCACUAGUUGGCGGGGUCAUCAUUAUCAUCGCAACAAUCGUCUUAAACUGGGGAAGUAUAAUAAAAUCCUGAGGGUCACCAUGGAAACCAGGAGCAAGAUCGCAAGACAGCACACCAACAACCAUCCCAACCAGACUUUUCCCCUCUCCUACAAUCAAAACACUAUUCUACAAAAGCGCCUGCAACCUACAGCAUACCCCUUGGACCCUUUUUUGCGCUGCACUAUCAUGUAUGGCCUGUAAUAUGUUCUCUGAAACAGAUAGACAAGUCCGUCACCUCUACCUCCUACACCUCCUACACCUGCCACCAGUGGUGUAGUGCAGGGUAAAUGUCGUUUACACACAUUUUCCUCCUGUGUUUAUCCACCUUUUGCAGACAAAUGCAUUGAAAGUAUAGGGGGCAUUACUUUAUUGACCGUCAACGGUGAUCAGGAGUUACAGUACCCACCUAUUUUUUGACCACUCGUCACUGGCUGCUACCAUCACUCGAAGGUCGAAGGCGUCAUGUAGAACAACACUGAGGUAGGAUAGACAGUGACAAACAGACUGGUUCCUCUGAAUGAGAGAGAUGCGUCUAACGAGUCUAACUCUGGUUAACGAUGUCAUGAUCUCCUGGUUGCCUGAGUCUCAGAAUGUAUUUAAAGUCUCUGCAUGAUUUUCCGGGAUCAGGCUGCUCCUCCCAGGCUGUUCCAAUGUGACAAAACACAAAGUGUCUCUAUUGUUGCCGGAAAGGACAUCUGGUUUUAUCUGUAAUGUUAUUAUUUCCUUCCACUGAAUCAUUCAUCUCCAGUCAGUCCACACCUCUGUAACACAACCAAGGGAUCCUUUUAACUGUGACGCCAAAACCAGCCCACCCUAUAGGAUCAUGUUAAAGAUGGCAAAGGAAGAGUUAGGGAGGGAGAGAGAUUGGACUUGAUCAAUGUGAUGAUGUUGAUGGGGGGGGCUUUUUAGUUCUGAAUUUGUUCCAGAUUGUUAUUUUCUGUGAAGGGAGGGAGGAGGAGGAGUUAGAGACAGAUGGGACCAUCUGUACUUUAAUUUAGGGACAAACCUGGGGUCUCCAUCUCUUUGCUUCAUCGUCUUCGUUUAAAAAUAACUGGAAUCUGGGGAGAAUGAGCCACUCUGGGUUUGGGAUUGAGGCUGGGCUGGUAACUCAUAUGCACUCUCAAACACACUAUCUUACACCCCCCCUCCCCCUCCCCACACGAGCACAUGCACACACAUGGACACACACACUAUCAUCCAUACACAUAGUGUCAGAAUGACUGAUUCUCAUUGGCUGAGAGAAAGAGGGAGAUAAAGAACAGGAGAGGAGAAGAGGGAGGGAGAGAGGGAGGGGAGGAUUGGGGAUAGCUGCAUGGGCUGCAGUCCUUUGUUUGGCACAGAUGGCGGCAAAGAGAGAGUGUGUGUGUGUGUGUGUGUGUGUGUGUGUGUGUGUGUGUGUGUGAGAGAGCGAGAGAGAGAGAGAGAGAGAGAUGGUGUGGUGCUUGUUACUGAUGCUGGAUAAAAAAAGUCUGAGGAUACUAGACUGGAAAAAUGAACGGAGCAGAGCUGGUUACAGAAUAAAUACAAAAGACAGGCGGUAAUUUUAAUGUUGUUGCUUACUCUUCAUUUCCCCCUCUUCUGUCCAGUAUCUACCACCAUAUUAUCUACCAUUUAUUGGUAACGUUAUUUAUUAAUUUUACCUUUAUUUUAACAGGGUGUCCUAUUGAGACCAAGGUCUCUUUUGCAAGGGAGCCAUGUAUCUUACAACAAUGUUAUGACAGCCUGCUUGUAUUUACACAGUUCUAAACAUAGUCUACCAUCUCUGGUCAGUUGGAAUCCAUUCCUUUCCCUUCAGUAUUGCAAAUAUAUUGCCCACUUUACCUUUCACCUCUCUAAUAUGUAGUCAUUUUCUUUGAUGGUUGCCUAUUUUGUUAAAAUUCUAUGCAAAUACCUUGCUGGGGUAUUUGGUCAGUUGGUCCUCCUUCUCCACCGUGGUCAGUAUCAGCUCCUAUGUGCUUAGUGUUUGCCCUUGUCUGGUUGUUAUUCACAAAGCAGAAUGACCUCUUCUCCCUUUGGAAGUCAGUCAGUGUGUCACUGUGCCAAAGCCUGGAAUGUGAGCCAAGCCACGUACAGUAGGGGCCAGGCAGUCUUUGGCUUGACUCCGGCUAAGUGCUCUGUCGGUGUGUGUGAGAGAGAGAGAGAGCGAAAGAGUGCGAGAGAGAAAUGCAGUGUGUGUAUGUAUGUAUGUAUGUAUGUAUGUAUGUGUGUGUGUGUGUGUGUGUGUGUGUGUGUGUGUGUGUGUGUGUGUGUGUGUGUGUGUGUGUGUGUGUGUGUGUGUGUGUGUGUGUGUGUGUGUGUGUGUAAGAUAGUCUUUAAGAGUGUGCGUGUGUGUCUGCCCCUGGAUGCUGUUUUUAGGGAGAAGCAGGUGAGUCAGUCCCCUCCCACUCAGUUUAAAGGUAUCAUAUUCUACUUGGCACACACAUUCCCUUCACUUACCGAGCCCAGUCCCCUGUGCAUGUUUACAUUAUCGUUUACAGUGUGUUAUACUUAGGAGUUUAAUGGAGGACGGGUUAACUCUAAUGCUUUUACACCAAGGACAUCUUUAUGUAGCUGAGAGACUCGUUGACUUGUGCAGCGCAUUGUAAAUAAAUAAUAUGCAUAUUUAUUUGCCAUGAUGACACAUGAUAUUCACAUCCAAAGUUGACUUUUUCACUUAGAUUUGUUUGAGUAGUCAAGAAUAAUCCAUGUCAAUUUGUUAUUUUGAGAUUCUGCUCCACCCGACCGUUUUGAAGCACUUCCUCCGAACCACCCUUGAAGGCUAGACUAGCUACCAUAGAAAGGCAACAAUAAGGUUGAAAACCAAAGAAGGUUUCCCAUUGGGAAUGACGAGUGAGGAUGUUCCACUCUGACAGUGCCAGGGUUUGAGGUUUGGAGGGUUAGUGAGGGGGUGUGUCCCAAUAAUAUUGCCGUUCUACUGAAGUGUACACUCGUUCACAACUUCCCAAAAAUCUAAAUAAAAGCAUUGGAUUAGUGGAGGCAUGCAGGUUGGGAAAUAAAGCUUUUGGUACACCAGCCACAGAAAACACGCGCGCGCGCACACACACACACACACACACACACAAAGUCUUGUACAGCUAACCACACAAUUCAGUCCCAUUCAAAAUCCUAUUUUCCCUAACUUCUAAACCUAACCCUAACCUGUACUCUUACACUAACCCUAAAACUAACCCUUGCUCCUAACCCUAACCUUAACAUUAAACCCCCUAGAAAUAGCAUUUGACCUCAUUGGGACUAACAAAAUGUCCCCAGUUUUUGUUUGUUUACUAUUCUUGUGGGGACCAGAAGUCCCCACAAGAAUAGAUAAACAAACACACACACACAAUUUCAAAAUAAUUUUUUACAUGUGCGCUUUGUUGAACAAAAACAAAACUUCUCCCAAAUGCUCUGUGUGAUCAGCCACCAAUGUGGCUGGUAACAAUAGACAUUCUACCAGCCAAUGCCAAAAUCCGGUGGCUGUUUUUUUUCCCCACCCUGAAGGCUAGAGGCAGUUUCUACAGUAUUUAUUGUACCAGUUAUUUAUUUUCAAAUCAGUGAAGGGAAGUUAACAAGUGCACACUUUGGGAGGAAGGAGAGUCUCCUGUAACCCCAUUCACGCCAAAAGUGUAGCAUGUCUGUUUGUACUAACCACAUAUGCAAAAAUGUUUUCAGCUGAAAGUGAAUGCUGACUUUUGGCUUAUUUAAUUUCCAUUUCUCAAUGGUUGUGCACAACUAUGGAUAUUUAACCUGCUUGCACUAUAUUGUAGAUGUAUUUAUAUAUUUAUUUAUAUACCUGGUUAUGCCUUUGGUUUGAUAUGGACUGUUAUUGAGCUAUUAGUGCUAUUAUUUGUAUUAUUCCGUUAUUAUCAUCACUAGUGUUACUAUUGUCAUUGUUAUGGCUACUAUUUCUAUUUUCACUGUUAUUUCUACUAGUGUCGUUGUUCUCUUGAUGACAUUACACUAGAACAACAGGAAACAAUGUUCGAUAAUGGCCUUCGCUGUUAUUCAACCGGUUGAUUGUGAGCUUCCUUGACAAGAAAACUGCUCAAAAAAAAAAGCAUGUUUACAGUUAGCUAGUUACACAAUUCAUAUGUUUCGACGGUAGAUACCUUGUGUGAUUGCAACGAUCAUGACCAACCAGUUCAUAAGAUAAUUUAUAUGCAGACAUAAAUAGUUUUUCAAGCCACCAGGUGAGUAAUCUUCACCUUUUCUUCAUGUCUUCUUAGUAAUUUCCUAUUCAUCUCUCAGGUCUUUCUUUCUCCUACUAAUUCAUUAAUUCAGAAUUAUUCCCAAACAAUUAAUGUUCUUCUUCACCUUUUAUUUUCUAUAGGUUUAUUAUUAUAUUGUUAUAUUCUAUUUAGCAGACGUUUUUAUUUAAAGCGAUUUACAGCCAUGCGUGCAUAAAUUUCUAUAUAUGGUUGGGAAUUGAACCCACAUUCCUGGCAUUGCAAGCGUCAUGCUCUACCAACUGAGCCAUACAGGAUCACUGUACAAUUAUCUAUUUGCUCCCGUUUCACGUUUGUUAUGUGCUACUUCCUGUCCAAUAUAAUCUAUAUCCUGUUUGAUAUGUUAUCUCUUUGAAGGAGGGAUCUUGGGUAACUCCCAAAUGGCACCCUACUCCCAGGGCUCUAGUCAAAAGUAGUGCACUAUAUAGGGAAUAUGGUGCCAUUUGGGAGGUAUCCACAGACUGCAGCACCGGUGGUUCCAGACCAUUGGCCCACUUAGUUAAUCAGUGUUGUUCUUCUUAUUGUCGUUGGUUACGGAUCUAUACUAUAAUCCUGAAUCAGACAUCUGUGCCGACUUGCCUGACUGUGCAUGCCUUAAUUGACUGCUUUAUAAACAUACAGUAUGAAUAUGUAUGUAACCUACUAUGUUAAUCCAAGAUAUUGAUAAAGAACUCUGUAUUGA